AUGUAUAACUUUUCAUCACAACGAGUAUCGAUACCUAUUUCGAUAUCUGUAUGGAUACCGGUAUCGAUACCUGUAUGGACAUCUUUUUCGAUACCUGUUUUGAUACCUGUUUCGAUACCUGUAUUAAAACCUGUAUCGAUACUUGUUUUGAUACCUGUUUCGAUACGUACAGCCAUUACACCGGUUAUAUUUGGAAUUUGGUAUUUUAAGAGGUUGCUGAUAGCAGCAGAAACUGCGUAUGCCAAUUAUGAAGCUAAUAAGGAGGUGAAGAUGAGCUAUCCAAAGGCCAAAAAUUUAAGCGUCGAAUUUCAGCUUGAAGACGCCAGGCACACAGCAUUCAAACAGUUCGUCAACUACCAAAACAGUACCGUGCAUGUUCCCACAAACGUCUUCGAUGAAUAUUUAAUUCUUGGUAGCAAGUGUGGGGAUUUUAUUUAA